AUGAUUCUUAAGAAUCCCCAUUCUCCAGAUUCCUCACACCAGGCUUCACUUUCCAGCACUACGGAAGAGCAGGAUACACAUCACAACAUUGAUCGCUUUGCAGUGAAGGAGAUUAUUUGUCGAGUGUGCUCUGCUCGACAGUCCAGUAAAACAAACAACUGUAUCAAGUGUGGCAUCCAGUUUGGAGAAUACCACUGCAGCGUCUGCAAUUUGUGGACGAGCCAGGAGAAACAGCCUUUUCACUGUGCUGGCUGUGGAUUUUGUCGCGUGGGCGGAGCCGAGAACUUUCACCACUGUCACGAUUGUGCCAUGUGCAUUCGUCAAAGUGACUACGCCAGCCACAAGUGCCAAAACGACAAGUACAAAUCCAAUUGUCCUGUUUGUCAGAAAUGGCUCUUCAAUUCCUUAGGUGACUUGCAUGAAAUGUCCUGCUGUGGGCACCCGAUUCAUUUGGAAUGCUUUCAGCAACUACCGGACUCUUCUACUUGCCCCGUGUGCCUGUGCCAACCACAAGGCACCCAAGCGCAACCAGAGAGCGAUCAGACGGUGGAUCUUCUGACACAGUUCCGUGUCCUCGUGUCAAAUCCUACCUUGGAAGUGUCUACGGUGAGCUACUUUCUGGAACUCUGCAAGAAGGAUGUGGAAGCAGCGGUAGCGUUGUAUCUAUCACAGAGCCAAGAUAUGUAA